AUGUUGACCGCGAUCCUCUUAUUCGAGGCACUCGUCAUGGUAGAUGGACGGGCUGGUGGUAGUGGUGUAUCUCUUUCUCCUCCUCUUCGUUACACGGCACCUGAGAUUUCGGGUGUAUCUGCAGCUCCAGGUGUAUCUGCAGCAGCAGAUGUUUUUUCUUUUUGUCUUCUUGUUUGUGAAUGUCUUGGAGCAACAAAUCUUCCUUCUUGUAGAGAUGGAGAUAUAGAGACUUAUAAACGACAGGCAGCAGAAAUUCAGACAACUGCUGUUGAUGUAUUGAGGGUUUGCUUUUCUUCCUUUGGUUAUUCUGAUUAUAGAACUCUCUUCUUACCACGUAUGCUUAGUCUUAUUGCCAAUGCAGAGUGCGAAGAAGUUCGAUUAAAAUGUUUGGAUUGUUUGACGGCGAUGACUAAUUCCUUCGAUAGAUCAAUUGUUGAGCAACAAAUACUACCUGUAUUAAUGCAGGUGGAGGAGGAUCGUCGGAAGCACUUCGCCCUAAAGGCAGAGCAGCAAUCAGCUGUUGCUGCUGCCCUUCCUUGUGGCGCAGCAUCAGCAGCAACAAAUGAAGCAGCAGCAGGUGCUGCUGCUGCUGCUGCUGCUGCUGCAGUUCCUCUAUCUACCCCUGCAAUAUCCUUGGAGGCUUUCUUCUCUCAAUCAGUAAACACAACAACCCCACCACGUCCUGCUGCUCCUAUUAAUCCUCCUCCUCCUCCCCCCUUCCCUGCUGCUGUGCAGCAGCAGCAGCAGCAGCAGCAGCAGCAGCAGCAAAUAAAGCAGCAAGAUAAUGAUAUGGAUCAGCUGUUUAGUGCUCUGUCUGCACGAUUGAAGCCACCAGCUGGUGCAGCAGCAGCAACAGCAGCAACAGCAACAGCAGCAGCAACAGCAGCAGCAGAUAGAUACAGCAGCAUAGGAACAAAGGCUUCUUCCUCUGCUUCGGAUCUUGAGGAUAUUCUUGCUGCUGCUGCUGCUGCUGUGCCGCAGUCAAAAAUGCCGUGA